UUUUUCCCCAUAAAACCUCAGGUUACUGGUUUCUCCACUGUAGCAUUCAGUUGGAGUGUGUCUCGUGUGAGAGGAGAUUUCGUCUUCACAGUGUGUGUUUGAGAGAGAGAAGAUUUCUAUGAUUUUGCCAGUCGACAUGGAUCAUCUGGACAGAAGGCUGGCAGUGACUCUUCUCCUCUUCUCGUUCAUCUCGUUCUCCACUCAGAAAACCUCAAUCUCCUGGUGUGUAGUGUCGGAGGCAGAGGAGCAGAAGUGUCUGGAUCUGGCUGGGAGCGCUACAGCUCGGAAUAUCAGAGGAACGCUGCUGUGUGUCCGUGGACAGAGUCCCACAGACUGUAUGGAGAAGAUCAAGAAUGGUACAGCGGAUGCAGCAGCCAUGUUUGCUGAUGACAUCUACACAGCUGGCUGGUGCUACGGACUAGAACUGGCUGCUGGAGAGUCUUACAACGGAGUGGAUGGUAUCAGCUACUAUGUUGUAGCUAUGGCUCGUCGCUCCUCCAGUGACCUGUCCCUGUUGGAGAUGCAUGAACGCAGCUCCUGUCACCCAGGGAUCCGUACCACGGUGGGCUGGACUGUUCCUAUUGGCUUCCUGGUCAACACCUCACAGAUCAGUGUCGAUGAACAAUGCAACUUUCCUAAAGCGGUGGGGGACUUCUUUGGCUACAGCUGUGUACCAGGAGUAAAGGACAGAGAACACGACCCCAGAGGAAACAACCCUAAGAACCUGUGUGAAGCCUGCAUAGGAGACGACAACGAGAGACAUAUAUGUGUUAACAAUCACCGAGAGAGACACUAUGGAGAGGCUGGGGCACUGAGGUGCGUGGCUGAGAAUUUGGGCGAUGUGGCAUUUGUCAAACACACCACCAUUUUUGACAACAUGGAUGGCAACAAUAUGGAAUCAUGGGCCAUGGACCUGGAACUGGAGGACCUAAAGCUGCUGUGCCCGGAUGGCAGUGAGGCCGGGCUGUUUGACCAUGAGACGUGUCACCUGGCUGUGGUGCCAGCUAACGCUGUGGUGGUACGCCUAGAGGACAAGUGUAGAGUCUGGAAAUACCUGGAACGCCUACAGAAUGUGUUUGGGAACACCACCAUGUUCAGCUCAGUGGGCUACACCCAAUCAGAUCUCCUGUUUUCUGACUCCACUCACCACCUGCUCAGGGUUGUGGGUAGUUACACUUCCUGGUUGGGUCCUACAUACACCACUGUCCUGCAGGCCUUCGAGUGUGAAAGUUUGUGCUGAUCCUUCUAGAAAGAAAUCAACCAGCAUCCUCACUAUCUCUCCACCUCUUUCUUUCCCUCCCUCCAUAUCCUAUCCUCCCUUCCUCUAUCCUCCCCUCCCUUCCUCUCCUCCCUCCCCUCCC